AGUCACUAGGCUAUUGCAACUGCUCUCCAUGUGGAUGCCCGGCUGAAGAUGUAGUGAGGAGCAGAGGGAGGAAGGGGAACCACUCUGUAGCACUGUGGAAGUGAUGAAGAAUUAUGAAGAAGAGGAUGACACACAAGCACACGUGAACUUGACCUAACUUCCGGAUGGUUUUGCUUUUGUCAUUUUUUUUUUUUGAGGAUUUCCAGCAAAUGCUGCUUGUUGAUGAUUUGAGCUUAAGGUAUUUGCAAGCCAAGUGUCUUCUGAAUAUGCAGAACCCCCCAGUUUGCUUUUAGGAAGCACAGUAAUUGCCACAUGAAUAAUACGAAGCUGGAAAACCCCUCUGACAUGGAAUGAGCCCUGGGGAAGAGAGAGCCUGUGUGCAGACUGCCUUCAGCCUUGCCUUUUCUCCCAGCCACUCAUGGUGAGCUCUCACGUGCCAGAGGAGUGGAGGGGAGAGCCGCUGCACUGAGCGUGGGCAGUGCGAGUGAGGCCAAGGGGCGUUUGACUGGUGGGCUACGGCAGUGGGCGUCCUUGCUAUCCCGCAGCGGAGACAACCAGCUCCUGCCAGGUAGAUGCCCGCAGGGGAGAGGACAACUCCAGCUGAACUGAUGCAUCUCGGCACCUGAUACCAGGCUCAGCUUCUGACAUGAAGAAAGAUAUAGAGUCUUUAAUAGCCCAGGAAAAAGCUGAGAUCGUUGCCAAGUAUGAGAAGGGCAGGAAGGAAGGAGCUCAGAUUGACCCAUGGGAAGAUGCUGAUUUCACACUGUAUAAAGUUACAGACCGGUUUGGAUUCCUGCACGAGCAGGAGCUGCCAACCCGCACAGCCUUGGAGGAGAAGCAAAAACAGCAGGAGAUCGAACGUGUGGACAAGUGGCUAAAGAUGCUGAAGAAAUGGGGCAAAUACAGAAACAGUGACAAGAUGUGCCGGCGAGUGUACAAAGGGAUCCCACUUCAGGUGCGAGGCCAGGUCUGGUCACUUCUGCUGGAUGUUGAGAAGAUGAAGAAAGAGAACGAAGGAAAAUAUGAGCAAAUGAAAGAACAAGCAAAGAGCUUUUCAUCGGAAAUCAAACAGAUAGAUUUGGACGUUAAUCGCACCUUCAGAAACCACAUUAUGUUUCGGGAUCGCUAUGGAGUAAAGCAACAGGCACUCUUCCAUGUCCUGUCAGCAUACUCGGUUUAUAACACCGAAGUGAGCUACUGCCAAGGGAUGAGCCAGAUCGCAGCCAUCCUCCUGAUGUACUUAAAUGAAGAGGAUGCAUUUUGGGCACUGGCACAGCUACUGACCAACCAGCGGCAUGCAAUGCAUGGUUUUUUCAUUCCUGGGUUCCCGAAGCUGCAGAGAUUUCAAGCUCACCACGAGCAGAUUCUAAGUAAACUGUUUCCCAAACUGAAGAAGCACAUGGAUAAGGAGCAGAUGACUACGGGGAUUUACACGACCAAGUGGUUCCUGCAGUGUUUCAUUGACCGGACCCCCUUCACCCUCACCUUGCGGUUGUGGGAUAUAUACAUCCUGGAAGGAGAGCGGGUGCUGACGGCCAUGGCUUACACCAUCCUCAAACUGCACAAAAAGCGCUUGCUGAAGAUGACGCUGGAAGAUUUACGGGAAUUCCUGCAGGAGAAAAUUGCUGCUUCCCUGCAGUACGAGGACGAUGCCGUCAUCGAGCAACUGCAGGUCUCGAUGACUGAACUGCGGAAGAUGAAAUUUGACCUUCCCCCACCAGCAAAGCCUGAGGAGUUCCCACGGAAACCCCUCGGCCUGGAACUCUCCCUCAACCCAGUAGCUGUGAAGGGCAACGUGGCAGCCAAUGGCCAGAAUGGCCGGGUGGGUGAGCACCCCCAGGACAGGGAGCCCCAUCCCUACAAUGGCCCCAGGGCACCCGGAGGAACAACGGCAGUGGAGGUGAGGACUCUUACCCUCCAAGGCAGUGAAGCAGCUGAAGCGACGGACAUUUACCUGCAUCCUCCUAGUGAGGGGCUGCCAGGAGAGGAGGGUCGGGUGGAGCCCACCAGGGAAGGGCAGCAGCCGCCUCUUCUGAAGGCAAGUGAGAUACAGGCCCAUCACCACCUCCUGCCCACAGCCCUCCCUCUGGACCAGCCUCUUGUUCCUGGUCAUGCCAUCGGGGACCACAAGUCAGUCUCCCUCCCCACCCCAGCUGGGCAUAGCUCCUUGGACUCCUCUCUCCAAAAUACGCCAAGUCCUCCUGACUCAAGUACCGCUGAGCUUUCUGCUACGGACCAUGUGGUAUGGCAGCCAAAUCCUGCUGCCGUGCCAGCAGGAGAACAAGCAUCUUCCCUCUGCAAAGAGGAAGGGCUCGAUGCACCCCCUCAUCCUUCACCGGGCAGCUGGCAGCAGCUCUCUGGCACGUCGCAGCACAAUGGCUCACCUGAGAGCAAGAAUGGGGAGGAGAUGGCCAAGAAGCGCUGCAGAGUGGCGCUGCUGGACAAAAUGGACUUGAAGCACUUGGCAUCCAAGGCUGCCUCCACAGGGGAGCUUGCCAGCCUGCAGCAGAACGGGCCAGGGAGCGCCACUGGCACCGCGCACUGGCUGGAGCACUUGGGCGCACUGCCUGCGCACGGGCUGGCAGGCGGCAGCGUGCCCCUCUUACCCAGCAGCAAGUCGGAGGCAGUGGGGCUGGGCGAGGGCUGCCCCUUGCAGCGGGCACUGUCCCCCACAGUGGAGGGGAACAGCCCCUACACCAUUAUCAAAACCACCACUCCCCUCCACCUGGCCCAUGCGACAGAGCAGGACUUCUUGAACAGAAAGCAGAUGGCAUUGCCUCUGCCAGAGACUGGAUGUCCCCUGCCUGCCACCUCCAUGCCACCACCUGUUAUGCUGGACCUGGAGGAGGUAGAUGCCCCAAAAGGCCUCCAGAAACCUUUAAAUGCACUGAAAGCCCCACGACCCCCGCUGAGCCCCAAACCAAAAUUACCGCUGCAGGUUGCCAAAUCCCACUCAGAGAAUAGUUUCCUUUCAGGCUCUCCUCCCUUGGCAAAGCUGCCCAAAUCAGUGACAUUUUAGUGGGGAUGGCAGGGAGGUGAGUGAGAAGAAGUGGGUGCUGGUACAGCACCCUCACCCUGUUUUUGGGACACCCUGCCUUCAGCAGGGCUGUGUCGGGGUGACAGCACAGCAGCUGUGGCCUGUUGAGCUAUACUUCGGUACGAGCACCCAGCAAGAAGAUGGAGCGGUGGCUGCUGGCGCCAAGAGGCACCAGAAAAUUGGGUUCGCAUCUUUCCUAUGGACAAAUUGGAAAGCGCUUUCACUUUUUAUUCCUCAAAGCUCCUUGAGCCUCACUGCGUGUUGGGGCAGAGGCAGGGCUGGUGAAUGUGUUGCGUGUUUUCUUUUGCUCCUGCCUGCUGUGGGUACCCAUGGCCAUGGAAGCAUGGUGCAAGGCGUAGGAGUCCAAAAUGCUUUCUUUAAAAUGCCCCAUCAGUGCAGCCAAAAGUGUUCCUUUAAAAGGACUUUGUAGCAAUAGAUCUUUAUUUGUUUUCCCAGACCCAUGGUUGUAGGCAGCAGCAUUUUCACGUGGGGCCAUGGCGUCCUGGCAGGGUGCAGGCAGCCCGCUGCCUACUCUAUGCAAUUCUACAGAGCAGUGCCUGGCUGUACCUGGCUCCUGCUGUGGUGGUGGAUGGUGUCCUGGAGGGGAGGUUUAACAGCUGGUGAGUCCCUGGGCAGUCUCCUUGGUGUCACCCUGGUGAAGGACCACCAGAAGGAUGGUUCUUUCCCAAGUUCUCCAGGUGACAAGAACAGUGAUGAAGGUUAAGCCUAGUCUCUUGGGCUGAGUGGCCUUUCCCUUGCAGGUCCAGGGCAGCGAGCAGGCUUGCUGCCUUUCUGUUGGCUGAACAGGAAACGGGCCUGCUGCCUUGAGGAACCUCCUGCCUUCAGUAGAUAGCUGCUGGAGAUGUGAUGUUUAAUCACGGUGCCCAAGAUAAGGCUUGCAUUUACUUUGAGCAAGUGUCAGGGUAGAAACAGCAUAGGAGUUGGGGAAGAGAAGCACAUUGCCCAGAACCUCAUCUCAGCCCUUCUGGUUUAGACCACCUGGAAAUCAAGAACUAAGGAAGGAAACAUGGGUACAGAGGUUUGAAGGAUGAUGCUGUAGAGCAUCAACAUCACCACAGCCCACUGCUGAGGAGAUAACGUGAUGAGUGCCCACUUGCCCUUUGUGCACCAAGUCCUGGUGGCCUGUCCAUCUCCUCCCCAUCCCAGGGGCGUGCUGCCACACAGCCCAAAGCGUUCGCUGGAGGCGUGCAGAGACCUGGGAACAGUUCACCCUACUGAAAGAGCUGGUCCAAACUCCUGUUCCCAGUAUCUUCACCACUGUAGGUGAAGGGAUGUCAUCAGUAAGAUCAAUGGAAGCAGCAGGAAAUAAACUAGUCCAGAUGUGCUGUAUUUGAUGGGGUGGCUGUCCAGAAGGGGUAAUCCCACCUUAGGGCGGACUGCAGGUGGGAUUCCCAUCUCUUCAAUGGAGACCCUGGGCAAAAGCUUUAAUUUCUAAGGAGAUGUUGAAAACUGGUUUUUAGCUCACAGGCUACUUCAGUAAUAUAACUUAAGCUGAAGCCUACCUGGAAGCACAGCAGAAAACUGCCAACUAAAUGUCUUUCUGGGGUUUAUCAGGGUUGGUUGGUCGUGUGGUUUUGUUUUUGUGGUUUUUUUUUUGUUUUUUUUCCCCUCUUAUGUGCAUGGGGCGAUUUAUGUUAGCAGCAAGGACAGUGUCGAAAGGCACACCCCCAUCUUUGUUUGGAUGUAGCUGGCAAGACCACAGCACCCUCAGCUUCUGGUGCAACCCCUGCUCUCAGAGACCCCAUCUUCUGCUGAGUCUCUAACUUUGCUUGUCCUCUCUCCCUCUGCAAAGCAGGGAGAACCCUAUUAGCUACCUCACAGGGGUAUUGUGAGGAGUCGAGCGGUGCAUCAUUAUUUGUAUUUUGAGACAUCGCAGGUCCUUUCUAGGACAACAGUGCUUGAAUGGGUUUUAGUUGUGGUGGGGUGUUUGUUUUUUUUGUGUGUGGUUUUUUUGUUGGUUUGCGUCAUCUGUGUUGUCGUCCAUUCCCCCCCCCCCCCCCCCCCCCCCCCCCCCCCGUAACAAUGCCACAGUUAAACCUAUUGGUGUGUUAAAAUACAGUAUUUCAGGAGGCCACAUAUCGAUUGCCUUUUGCUAGCAGCCCACUGGCCUUUGGAGCUUGCCGAGAAGCAUUUGAGGGCUGGUGGUCACCUCUUGGCUUAGUUUCUGUAGCUUGGGGGUUUGUCCUCUCCUUGAAGCACACACAAGACUCCUGCUACCAUGGCUGAGCAUUUGGCUAAUGCAUGCAAGAGCUAAGACCUCUUUCCCUUCAUUUUGGGCACACAGCCUAAACAGUGUUGCAUGUGCACUGGGGUUCCUCACCCAGUAUGUGUCCAGGAUAUUUUGCAGUAUUCACAUAUGAAAAGGUGGUUUGCUCUGAGGCCCUUGCUGUGCCACCUAAGCAGCUCCUCUUCAACAUUCAGCCCCUGAAAGCUGGCAGAUUUGGUAAGAGUUCCUGGGGCAAGUAGCCUGAGCUGUAGGAGCCAGGACCAUGGCUUCCUUUUCUUGGAGUGAUGCUCUCACUUCAGCACAUCAGCACCUAAUCUAUUGGGCGCUGACCAAUCCCUUCUCCUUCCCUGCCUGUUGCUGCAGAUGGUGUGGCCACGGCAGGUCUGUGGCAGCAGGGGUGGGCAGAACAUGGCCCAGCCUCAGCUCUUUGCUUGGAAUAGGAAGGGAAGGAGAAGGGUGAGGGUGGCAAAUAACUGGCCCAAGCCCCUUGCACCCCUGCCCCAGCCUUCCACAAGGGCCUCAGCUGUGUAGCCCUCUCACCAUGAGGAAACUCAGGAAAGCAUCUCCCCCCAUCCUUGCCCUUGCAGCCCUGGGACAGCUCUUGCCUUGCUGUUCUCCAUGUAGUUUUAAAGACCAAUGACGGGGGGGGGGUGGGGGGGUGGGGUGUGUUUGGGUUGUUGUUUUGAGUCUGUAAUUGAGCACUUUGAGUGUCUGUGGCACCAGCAGGAGCCAUGGGGACCAGGGCUAGGGCCUGGCUCCAGUGUGGGACGACAGUCAAGGUCAGGGUCUCUCGCCAUGCACUUUGAGACCCUGGCUACCAUCUGCUUUUCUUUUUAAUUGCUCUUCUUGUUUACAGCGUGGAACGCUUCCUCCAUGAAUCUUUCUAAUGUAUUAUAAUUAUUACUUUAAAAGAAAAACAUUUUGAUGUCUGUGCUUUUUUUGUGGGGUGUUGUAGGAAAUUUUUUUUAAAAAUAAGUCAAUUAUUCCUUUUUAUGCUGAUCCAAACAGACUGUCCAGCGUAUUUGAUGCUGUAUUUUACAUAGUUGUAAUGAUAAUAGUUAAAGAAGUUUAGCAUAAAAUCAGACUCCACAAUGUUUCUUAUGGCAACAGAUGCCGCAGCAAGACCGGCUCCCUUCUGCUGGCUUUUAGCUUGGUUCACUGGGUGUGCUUCAGCUGUGGAGGGUCCAACCCAUCCAUCUCUGCCUUCCUCCCUGUUUUUCCACUGUGCUUAAAUCCAGGCACCCCCAGCAGCAUUGGAGAGAAAACUGCUGCUUUCUCUGUACCGCUGUCCUCUCCCUGCUCGCUGAGCCAAGGGCAGCAUCCUGCACCCAGCCCCUGCACAUCCCUUCUGACACACAGCUGGUGGCCAGCAGUCCCACUGCAGCUUUCUUUUUGUCUGAAAUUUUGGGUUUGGAGUUUGUUUUCCUGGCAGGCAGCACUGGGAGGGUUGGACAGGAAGGGGAGCAGGUGGGCACAGCUCCUUGUACUGUGGGUGAGUGAGUGGGUGCAACUCACUGUGACGCUACGUGAGUCAGGACUGAGUCAUGCUUACACCAGUCACUGGGAGCAUAAGGUGGUGCCAUUCACAGCUGAAAAUGGAUUUUAAAAGCUGUGUGUGAGCAGCACCUGUGACACACCCCAAAUUUUGCAGCUAGUGCUUCCUGUGCUGAGAUGGCCGCAGUAUUGGUGGCUUUGGGGUGUUAAAUUUGGGCAGUUUUCCCCUAUGAGAAAGCUGCCAUUUGGUAGUUAAACAAAGUGGUUAUGGUAAACAUAGGAUCAUCUUUCUGUACCAGAGCAGCACAGAGGGCUCAAAGACUGACAGCAAAAUGGAGGAGCCACAAUUAGCUAAACACCACCCCAGGAUUUAAGGGCAAUGCAAGAAAUGUGGCAUCCCUGUGCGUCACCUGGUGGGUGCUGUAGGCUGGUAUUUCUGCUUCUAACAGUGCUCUGUCUCACUUAAGAGGUUAAACAAGACCAAAAAAAGCUCCUACCUUGUUCUCCAGUGUCCUUAAGUUAGCUCAUUUAUAUUAACUGGUUAAAACCUGGUCUGCAACCUGUGAAAGAAAAAGCCAGCACCACUAAGCACCACAGUGGAGCAGCAGUGCAGUGAGGAUGCAGCUCUCAGCAUAUCUGCUGUAUCAUUUCAUGCUGAAUGCCAGCCCAGGGAUGCUCCACUGUAAGCCCGGUGGGACAUCCCUGGCUUGGAGUGAAGCAAACCUUGUCCCUCCUGUGUUUCCAGGUGCCUGCAAGCAGCCCAGUUGCACAAUCUGCUUUGUGUCACUUCCCAGCCAACAGCCCCUAUGAACCUGUUGGCUUUUAGGUAGCACAAAGGAAGCAGCUGGUUGGGACCAGGUUUGAAUGGCUGUGGCAUAACAUAACAGGCACCACAGGGCUUAGGAUAUGGCAUUUAUCCAGCUGCUGGGACAGCUUCAGCUCCAUGCUGCCAUGGAGCGAGCAGAAGUGUCCAGAAGGGCAGGGUUUCCCUCAGGGAAGGUGAGUCAUGCUGGGUUUGAGGGAUGU